AUGCCACUUAAGACCUAAGAAAUAGGGAGGAAAGCUGGGGCACAGAAGAAGAAAAAGAAUUGGGGUAAUGAUGUGGAGGUCGAAUCCAAGGACAGGCUGGUGGUGCUAGAGAAGUUGCUGCUCCAAGACCUUUUGGCUCUACGAGGGGAUGAGGUCCAUCGGCCCAAGGCUUCUGAAGACCAGCUGAAGCAGAGGUUUCAACAAUUGGAGAGAGAAGGGGCCCGAAGUGAAGGGUCCCUUCACGUAUAUGCAGAGAUGAGCCAUCAGUGCCAGACCCAGAGGAAGGAGAUGGAGACCUGCAGCAAGCAUCUGGAGGAAGAAGUGAGGGGCCUUCGGGAGCAGUUAGAGAUGUGCUAAAAGGAGGCCGAGGCUACAUGGGAAGAGGCUGAGCACGACCUCGGAGAGCAGGACUGGACCCUGGCCCAGCUUCAGGUCCAUGUGGCAGACAUGGAGGCCAAGUACGAGGAAAUCUUGCAUGACAGCCUGGACCAGCUCUUGGCCAAGCUGAGAGCUGUCAAGCCUCAGUGGGAAGGGGCUGUGCUGAAACUCCAUGCCAGGCACAAGGAGCAACUGCACCAGUUGGGACUCAACCCCCUGGAUCUUUGA